CGAAAAAAAAAGGGACACCUCGUGCUUUAAAUGCAAAAGUUCAGUCUUCCCCUUCACUCUUCUGCGUUCAUAGUUCACAGCAGCAUAUUCAAAUCCUUCCUUUUCAGUCUUCACAGCAGCAUAUCCAAAUCCUUCCUCAAAGGCGUCUGGUGCUUUGCUGUUGAACAACGGAAUUAGGAGUGGGCCGCUGGCAAAGUUUUAUUGUCUUCCUCCACCUAUGUCCAGGGGCAAUGUGAAUCAGAAUGAGAAUGAAAUGGUGGUAAUUCUGAUUAUACCAUUGUUGAUGUUGAGGUAGCAAAUGAGGAAAGUAAGGGUAAUAGAGAUGAAGGGGAGGUAGCAAAAUGUUCAGUACAAAAGUACUUGCUCUGUCUCAACAUCCUCUCUCUCGACUGCUUGUUUGGUGCCUAUGAAGCUUACAUGUUUGAGCAAAGGUGGUGGUUACCAUCUCCCACCCUGCCACAUACUCAAUAUAUGUGGUCAUACCAUUUUAUUGGAUUGCCCAUUGGACCUUUCUGCUCUUACAAUCUUCUCCCCUAUUCCUUCUAGUUCAAAAGCUAGUCACUUGGAUAAAGAGAUUCCCAAUUCCCUAAACUGUAGUGAUUUGUUAGAUUUGGAGGAGCCCUUGUUUCGGAAGAGACAAAAAGUCGAAAAGUCCCUGGAUGCUGAUGAUUUGAUUUGCGCAGUUCCCUGGUACAAAACUGUCAACAACUUACACCUAUGGAAUGCCUCUUUUAUUGAUGCGGUAUUGAUAUCAAGUCCGAUGGGUAUGCUAGGAUUACCAUUUAUUACUCGGAUGAAGGGAUUUUCUGCUAAGAUAUAUGUGACUGAAGCAACAGCAAGACUUGGGCAACUUAUGAUGGAGGAUCUUGUUUCAAUGCAUAUGGAAAUCAGGCAGUUGUUUGGACCUGAGGAGUCAUCUUUUCCUCAGUGGAUGAAGUGGGAAGUGCUUAAGCUUCUUCCUUCUUCGUUGAGACAGCUGGUAUUAGGCAAAGAUGGGGGUGAGCUGGGUGGUUGGAUGCCCUUGUACAGUGCAGCUGAUGUGAAGGACUGCAUGCAGAAGUUUCUAAGAGUUAAAUAUGCAGAGGAAACUUGCUACAACAGCACAUUGAUAUUAAAGGCAUUCAGUUCGGGAUUAGAAAUAGGCUCUUGUAAUUGGACGAUAAAGAGUCCCAAGGGGAGCGUUGGAUUUAUUUCAAGUUCCAUCUUUGAUUCUGCUCAUGCAAUGAAUUUUGAUUGCCAUGCUCUUCAAGGGAAUGAUACGAUGAUAUAUUCAGAUUUCUCAUUCUUGGAUGCUGCAGAACAUGUUGAGAGUGACUUUGAUAAUGCAAGUGAUUGUCAAGAGUUAGCCAUGUCUUUACUUAAUAUUAAUGACAGUUUGGAGGAAAGGGACAAGCUAACUUUUAUAUGCUCCUGUGUAAUUGACUCUGUAAAAGCUGGAGGCUCAGUCCUUAUUCCUAUUAGUCGACUUGGGAUUGUUCUGCAGCUGUUGGAACAGAUAUCAUCUUCAUUAGAUGUUUUGAAUUUGAAGGUAACUUUUUUGUCUUUUACAAGCUUCCUUGCCAAAUCCACAUAUAUUAAAAACUGAGAUUCGGUGUGUUAGCUCUUCAGUUUUCAAAAGACAUUAGUUUCGGAGCUGCACUCCAUGUCUAAAACUUAUUCCUACACAAAUUGGGUGUCAUCAUAUGGUUUUUGUUUUACUUCUUGUAUAUGUAUUGCUGUCAUUCUAUGCAUCUAUCACAUGGAUAGUUUGCAUGCUCUGUGCUAGUGUGGUUUAUGUGAAUAGAAACAAACUUGGAGACUAGAUUUCAACAUAUGUGAAUUGAUUGUUUCUGUGUGCAAUUUAUUGCUUGAUUAUUUUUGCUUGCCCAAGUUCUUGAUUCAAGAGUUUGAUACUGGUGGGUAUUUUGUAUAUCUGUGAUCAUAAACUGGAACCAUUGCAAAGUAGGGAUGACUUUACACUUUGCUGACUUUAAGUACUAUCAGCAGUAUCAAAGUUAACUAAUUGCUUUGUGUCAAAGAUGUAUAAUUAACAGGGUUCUUUAAAAGUGAAAUAGAGAUGAAGAAUACUUUCAAUCAUACUGAGACAUAAUACAUCAUACUGAGAUGUAACAAAAUGCUACAUUGAUAGUAUUAGAAGUUUCAUAUGUGGAAGUUGUGUCAUACAUGGACCUAUCAAGCAACAAUUUAUUUGGGGUUAUACCAAGCAGCGUUGGGGAUCUUCUAGGUUUAAUUAGUCUCUC